AUGCCACUCUCCGAUGAUAAACAUCUCACAGCCGCUGUGAAAGGCAUUGCUAUGUCCAUAGUAAAUAACAUUAGUCGUCUUUCCACGGAACUAAAGUCCUUCAUUGAGAAAUCAAAAAUCAAAACCAACCUGCAGACGGCCAUCGAUAAUGUCAAGGAUAUCGGCAAUCAAUUUACUGAUGGAGAUAACGGCGAUGACUCGAAUACCGAUCACGGCGCAAAGAUCGACGCAGCGUUGCAGAAGGUGAGUGCAGCAAUUACGCAGCUUGAGGGGUUGCUAGGUAAAAUGGCAGACGAUGGGGGUGCAAUUCAAGAGAAGAUUAAAGAAAUCGAGACGAAUCUCGGUGAGCUCAAUAACAUUUGGAAAGAUGAGCAAGACGGCCGAAUUAAGAAGAAGCAAAAAGAUGCCGAAGACCUUAUGUUGGAGUUACAAGAUUAA